GGCGGUGCCUCCCGUCAGUACAGUCAUCUCUCUGCUUGUUCGGCGGGACUGAUGGCUGGGGAGAUGACGAUCUUGGGUUCAGCUGUUUUGACUCUGCUGUUGGCUGGCUACUUGGCACAACAGUAUUUACCACUGCCUACUCCCAAAGUGAUUGGCAUUGACCUGGGUACCACCUAUUGUUCCGUUGGUGUGUUUUUUCCUGGAACUGGAAAAGUAAAGGUGAUUCCAGAUGAAAAUGGGCACGUCAGCAUCCCCAGCAUGGUGUCCUUUACCGAUGGUGACAUAUAUGUGGGAUAUGACAGCCUAGAGCUGGCAGAUGCAAAUCCUCAAAACACAAUCUAUGAUGCUAAAAGGUUCAUAGGAAAGAUUUUCACCCCGGAAGAGUUGGACGCUGAAAUCGGCAGAUACCCAUUUAAGGUUUUACAUAGAAAUGGAAUGGCUGAGUUUUCUGUAACAAGUAAUGAAACCAUCAUCGUUUCUCCAGAAUAUGUUGGCUCUCGAUUGUUGCUAAAACUGAAAAAAAUGGCAGAGGAAUACCUCGGAAUGCCAGUUGCCAAUGCCGUCAUUUCUGUACCAGCAGAAUUUGACCUAAAGCAGAGAAAUUCAACAAUUCAAGCCGCCAACCUUGCCGGCCUGAAGAUCUUAAGAGUGAUCAACGAACCAACGGCAGCAGCUAUGGCCUACGGUCUGCACAAGGUGGAUGUCUUCUAUGUAUUGGUCAUCGACCUGGGAGGAGGAACUCUUGAUGUGUCAUUACUGAAUAAACAAGGAGGGAUGUUUCUUACCCGCGCCAUGUCCGGAAACAAUAAACUUGGAGGACAAGACUUCAAUCAGAGGCUGCUUCAGUAUUUAUAUAAACAGAUCUAUCAGACAUAUGGCUUCCUCCCUUCCAGGAAAGAGGAAAUCCAUAGGUUAAGACAAGCCGUGGAAAUGGUCAAAUUAAAUCUGACGGUUCACGAUUCUGCUCAGGUAUCAGUUUUACUCAGUGUAGAGGAGGAGGACAGCCAGACACCUCAGAAUGGUGACUCUCAUCUGCCAAAAGAGCAGCUUUCCCCAGGACAUGAUCACCAUGUGAGCAGAGUGCUUAGGCCGGGGAUUUCUGAAAGCAAGAGCAGGAAAAGCCAGGUGUUGUUUGAGACAGAAAUAUCACGCCAGCUCUUUGACACCCUCAAUGAAGAUCUCUUUCAGAAAAUCCUCGUGCCCAUUCAGCAAGUAUUAAAAGAAGGCCUCCUAGACAAGACUGAAAUUGAUGAGGUGGUUCUAGUCGGGGGCUCGACUCGUAUUCCACGGAUCCGCCAAGUCAUUCAAGAGUUCUUUGGAAAAGACCCCAACACGUCUGUGGACCCUGAUUUAGCAGUGGUGACAGGAGUGGCCAUUCAGGCAGGGAUUGAUGGAGGCUCUUGGCCUCUCCAAGUCAGUGCUUUAGAAAUCCCCAAUAAACAUUUGCAGAAAACUAAUUUCAACUGAGCUCUGAGGGAGUGCUGGUAACUGAUCUUGUCUAGCGAUUUUGAUGAUCUUCUUUGUGAAGCCUCCUUCAGAAAA